GAGUGAGGAUGCAUCAGUGCCACAGAGGAGAGAGAGAGACUGCUUUCUGCAUCACACCACUCUAUCCUUCAUUUACAUUCCAGACGCUGGCUUAUCUCUGGAGAGCCCCUUCUCCGAUUGAAAUGCCAAUCACCACUUGCUGUUCUUUUAUCCUCGAUCACACACACACUUCCUCCACGUUGAUGUGAGGGAGCUGGGUGCCUGGCACGUGCUGAAGAGAUUCCCCAGUCUUCUUUCCACUGACGACUGAAGUUGCUGCAAAGACAUCAGACUCUGGAUUACAUAAUUUUUGGGGAUUUGUAGGAAUAAACAAUUUGACUACGUUAUUGUGAGAAAUCUCCAGUGCUGCUUAGUUGUGCUUGAUCCUCCGGACUAAUAACUGUUUGAGAGUGACUGGGACUUUUGUGAUCAGAGGGGCAAGGACUCUGCUUCCUCUGCUUUUUUCCUUGUGCGUGUCCUGUGCCGACAGCUGCCUGCCCUGCUCAGGCGCAGCUGUGCUUCUCCCCGGAAAGGUAGUGGACUGAUAAAAGAGGGGGGUGUUUAUGUUCUCUACUGCUGGGGUUUGAUCCGGAAUUUAAGCUAGACUCACCACCUGCCCUCCACAACAGCUUGUAGUAAGUGACUCUCCUCAGGAUACUGUCGCUGCAUGUGUGUGCUUUGGUGAAAGGAUUGCUGUGGACACUGAGGACUAGUGGCUCAUGUUGCUGCUGAUAUGGAAAGCACCUGGCACGGACACCUCCCCCAUGUCUAUCAGGGGCAGCCGUACUGUGGGCAGCCUUUGCUGAGCUAGGCCCCCAAGGAACUAGCACCCCAAUUGUGCGCCCAAGCGCACCCUGAACAAGAUGAACGCAACGGAGUUGAACCAUAGCACAGAACCCUUCUGCCUGCUGGAUAUUGGCUACUCUCUGAACUUCAGCACCUGCCUGCUGGAAGUAGCUGUUAUUCUCUUCUUGACAGUGCUCAUCAUCUCCGGGAACCUGGUGGUUAUCUUUGUGUUUCACUGUGCCCCACUACUCAGCCACCAUACCACUAGCUCCUUUAUACAGACUAUGGCAUAUGCGGACCUCCUGGUUGGGGUCAGCUGUCUUAUCCCCUCUUUGUCCCUCCUGCACCAUCUGGAGGGUUUGAAUGAGAAACUCACCUGCAUGAUCUUUAGCUACAUGGUCUGCGUGUUGAAGAGCGUCUCCAUGGCCUCUCUGGCAUGCGUUAGUAUUGACCGUUAUAUUGCAAUCACCCAACCUCUUUCCUACACAGCUCUGGUCACACCCUGCCGUCUUCGCACUUGCAUUACCCUUAUUUGGCUGUACUCGGCACUCAUCUUUUUGCCCUCUUUUUUUGGUUGGGGUAAGCCGGGAUACCACGGUGAUGUAUUUAAAUGUUGCUCUUCCUGGGACACCCAGCCCCUUUUUACAGCAUUUAUUGUCGCGGCCCUCUACGCACCAGCUGCUUUCACCGUUUGCUUCACCUAUGCCCAUAUCUUUUGGAUCUGUCGACAACACACUAGGCAGAUCAGCGAGCGGAGAGCUCGCUUUGGCCCACAGGAUCCUGAGCCGGGUGAGCAAGCCUGCACGGACAAACGCUAUGCCACCGUGCUCUUCCGUAUCACCAGUGUGUUCUACCUGCUUUGGCUACCCUACAUCAUUUACUUUUUACUAGAGAGCGCAGGGAUAUACCACCAUGCCAUUGCCUCAUUCCUGACCACAUGGCUGGCAAUUAGCAAUAGUUUUUGCAACUGUCUCAUCUACAGCCUCUCGAACAGCGCCUUCCGCAAAGGCCUCAAGCGCCUCUGCCUGCUUUGUCUGCAACGUAACGACACCAAGAAGCCCCUAGGAGAUCCACCAGAACCUCCGCGCCCUGCUUGCCAUGUGUAACACCAACUUUUGGCAAGAUAGUGAGCUUGAUGUUGAU